CCCCUGCCACGUUGUUGUGGGCACAAAUGUUCUUCAAAACCCAGCGAGACCCUCGUGCGGUUCGUUAUUUCCGCUGCAUGAUGCCUCUCUCAGCAUGGGCUCCUUCAGACUCCCUAAAUUAUGGAAACGGCUUUCGAUAGUCAUAGGGGCCCUGGUGCUUCUCUGUCUCUUUUAUUCCUCGCCUGAUGCCGGCUGGACGCAAUGGCAGCCAGAAACGGCACAUGUACCGGUCAGCGCGUGCGCCGGAUUCGACUUCGCCUCAGUAUCCCAAGACCUCCACGCGCGGAUGAAGGCAGAAAGUGACUAUGCCCCGGCGGAGAUUGGCCAGUUCGUCUGCGGCAUUGUCAACCACACCAUGAGCGCAUCCGCCCAGCUCGAGUGUCCACCCACCAUCAGCCCGCGAUAUCAGUCCUUGAUCCCCACCGGCAUCGGACCAUCCCCGGAAAUAGCCUAUUUCUUUGCUCUCAACCUGCACCAGGUGAUACAUAUUAUACUCCCGCUGAUGGGGAGCAUUCUCGAGGCGAUCAGAUAUCUGGGACCGGAACACUGCUUUUUGUCGAUUGUGGAGGGACGCUCAACGGAUGGCACAUAUGAAAUUCUGGCCGAUCUGAAGCCAGAGCUGGAUGCCAUGGGAGUCCGCUAUUAUCUAUCGCGAAGUUCGUUGAAUCCGCUGGGUCCGGGCGAGGAUCGCAUCAAGGAUCUGGCUGAGCUACGGAAUAUGGCCCUCGAGCCCCUCAUCACAGGCGUCAAGCAGCGGGACGUCCCCUUCGGUCACGAUCCUAUGAUCAUAUUUAUCAAUGACAUUGGCAUUUGUCCGGAGGAUAUUCUCGAGUUGGUCUAUCAGCAGAAGAUCCAAUCGGCGACCAUGACGUGUGCGUUCGACUGGAGGGAGGAGGGGGUUAUUCACGAUGUCUGGGUGUCGCGUGACCUGGCUGGCGAUCUGUUCUUCGACAUUUCCUCCGACGGACGCAUAUGGGACUCUCACAACCUGUUCUCUCAUCAUGAGGACAGUCGCAGGCGCUUCUCAAAGCAUCUUCCGGUUCAGGUGUUCAGCUGUUGGGGCGGUAUGGUCACAUUGGACAGUGGGCCAUUCAUUGAUGGUCUGGUGCAAUUCCGCUAUGCAGAAAAGGAGGACUGCUACCAGGGCGAGCCGACUCUGCUGGCUCAGGACCUUUGGCGGUUGGGCUUGGGGAAAGUGCUUGCCGUACCCGCCGUGAAUGUGGCAUACGAAUAUCGCUGGACAUUGAGGGCCAAGCAAGACAAGGGCUAUGUCCAUGAUAUCGUCAACAGGCCGCGAUAUACCAAUCACGACGAACUCGUGCGUUGGCAAAAUGAACCGCCGGAAAAGAUCAAAUGCAUGCCCAGUUGGGAUCGACAGUCCUGGGUGGAUGCUAUUUAAUGCCCGUAGCCUUUGCCUCCCAUUUAUCGGGAAGCCUUGUAUCAAUAUUUUUGAAAUCAUG